UUCAGCCCAACAACAGGAGUUAAAUGGAUAAAAAUAUGGAUCCCUUGUUUGCUGUGAUUAAGUGCGAGAUGUGCAUCAAUCCAGUCACUAAUUUUGUAGUUGGGCUCUGCAGUCGCUGUGAAAAAAUGUGGACCACCAAGAGGCUGGAGAGCUUGGUGCCGAUCAGCAACAAUCGCAUAAAGGGAGCCAUCGUCUCCAGUUUUCACGAGACAGAUGCCCCCUGGGAUAACGCCUUCCUGGCGGCCACGACGAACGCCAAGAUGAAAAAGGCUCAGAAGAUCGCGCUCUUUCAAAAGAUUCGUGGCCAGUUCGCCAGCAGCGUGCUCACCGUCGACGAAGACUCAGAAAUGGCAGUACCCUAUAAGACGGAGGACAACUGUUGGGAUAUUCCCGAAGCCUUGGAUAAAGACGUAAUGGAAUUUCAACGUAAUGUCGAUCUGCUGGCUGAAAUGGGGCCAGACAGAAGCCGUUCGUCUACUGACGAAGACAUUACGGACCAAGACACGGAAUAUUCUUCAUGUGCCCGGGUCACACCAAAUAUGUCAAAGAAAAUUUAA